UGAAACACAGCCAGCUCCACUCUGCAGCCCCAUUCAGUGAAGAGCAGCAAAUGAACAGGAACAAAAGGCAGAGAGUUUGAGUUAAGCCAUUCUAGAGAAACUCUGUCAAGCCACUGUGACCAGUCGAUAUGGAUCCGAAAAUAUUUAAACUAGACAAGGAAGUCUGUUCUUGUUGCAUCUGUCUGGAUCUACUGAAGGAUCCGGUGACUAUUCCCUGUGGACACAGCUACUGCAUGAACUGUAUUAAAACACACUGGGAUAAGAAGAAACUCCACAGCUGCCCUCAGUGUAGGCAGACCUUCACACCGAGGCCUGUCCUGGUAAAAAACACCAUGUUAGCAGAUUUAGUGGAGGAGCUGAAGAAGACUGGACUCCAAGCUGCUCCUGCUGAUCACUGCUAUGCUGGACCUGAAGAUGUGUCCUGUGAUGUCUGCACUGGGAGGACACUGAGAGCCUUUAAGGUCUGUCUGGUCUCUUACUGUGAGAAACACCUUCAGCCUCAUUUUAAAAACACUGCCUUUGAGAAACACAAGCUGGUGGACCCCUCCAACAAGCUCCAGGAGAACAUCUGCUCUCGUCAUGGUGAGGUGAUGAAGAUGUUCUGCCGUACUGAUCAGCAGUGUAUCUGUUACCUCUGCUCUGUGGAGGAACAUAAAGGCCACGACACAGUCUCAGCUGCAGCAGAAAGGACUGAGAGGCAGAGAGAGCUGGAGGUGAGUCGACUAAACAUCCAGCAGAGAAUCCAGCACAGAGAGAAAGAUGUGAAGCUGCUUCAACAGGAGGUGGAGAACAUCAAUCUCUCUGCUGAUAAAGCAGUGGGGGACAAUAGGAAGACCUUCACUGAGCUGAUCCAUCUCAUGGAGAAAAGAAGCUCCGAUGUGAAGCAGCAGGUCAGAUCCCAGCAGAGAACUGAAGUGAGUCGAGUCAAAGAGCUUCAGGAGAAGCUGGAGCAGGAGAUCUCUGAGCUGAAGAGGAACGACACUGAGCUGCAGCAGCUCUCACACACAGAGGAUCACAACCAGUUUCUACAAAAUGAUUCCUCGCUCUCCCAUCUCAGUCAAUCCUCACAGUUAUCUAGCACCAAAGUUCGUCCUCUGCAGUACUUCGAGGAAGUGACAGCGGCUGUGUCAGAAGUCAGAGAUAAACUACAGGACAUUCUGAGAGAGAAAUGGAUAAACGUCUUACUGACAGUGACUGAAGUGGAUGUUUUACUGUCAAACUCACAAGCAGAACCCAAGACCAGAGCUGGAUUCUUAAAAUAUUCACGUAAAGUAACACUGGAUCCAAACACGGCACACACACAGCUGUUAUUAUCUGAGGGGAACAGAAAAGCAACAUUAAUGAGUCUACAACAGUCUUACUCUAAUCAGCCAGACAGAUUUUCUUAUUGGCAUCAGGUCCUGAGUAGAGAGAGUCUGACUGGACGCUGUUACUGGGAGGUGGAGUGGAGAGGAGAUAACGUUUAUGUGGCAGUCGCAUACAAGAAUAUCAGCGGGACUGGGAGCUCAACUGAAUGUGUAUUUGGACUAAAUAACAAAUCUUGGGCAUUAACAUGUGACAAAAACAGUUAUACAUUUUGAUACAACGGUGUCCAAACUCCCAUCUCAGGUCCUCAGUCCUCCAGAGUAGGAGUGUACCUGGAUUCAUCUGGAAACACUGCUGAGUUAUGUAAACUCAAAUAGACAGAACUUAUAAAAGGGACAGUGCGUUCUUUUUUUCCUUAUUGCUCAUUUUGUCUUUAUGCUUGUCACAGAGUGGAUUGUUGCAUAAUUUCUUCACCUGAUUUAUUUCCUUAAAGGGAAACAAACAUAGCAAACAUCAGUACUUUUUAUAUGUGCUUGUAAUGUCACAGUAGCACUCUCUAUAUGACUGUAUAUAUGCUGUCAUAUCCACCUACCUCACUUACUGUCUAUAAACCCAACCUAUUACAUGUUUUUUGCA